AUGGUGACAAUUUUUACAAGUAUAAAAAGUAUGGAAAUUGAAGAAAAAAUUAAAAAGCCAGUAAUUGAAGGUCAAAGAGGCUUUGGAGCAAGACAUUUGCAAUGUUUGUUAUUAUUUUUCGGGAUAACGAUUGCAUAUACCAAUCGAUUGUGCUUAUCAUUGGCAAUUGUCGCGAUGAAAGGUGAUGAGACCACUCAUCAAAUAGACUCGGAUCAUGCCGGAAUUGUUUUGAGUUCUUUUUUUUGGGGCUACACGGUUAUGCAAAUACCAUCUGGAUAUUUAGCCAGAGAAUGGAGUGCUAAGCAAGUAUUAGGCUGGGGAGUUCUGAUUAAUGGAAUAUUAAGUUUACUUGUUCCAAUGGCAAAUGAUAAAGGAGGUUGGGAAGCUACGUGCGCUUGCCGAGUCAUCAUGGGCUUGAGUCAAGCUUGUCUUUUGCCUUGCGUACACACGUUUCUAUCAAAGUGGGUGCCACCAUCUGAAAGAAGUCGAUUGGGUAGUAUUACGUAUGCAGGAGCACAAUUUGGUACUGCGAUAUCUUAUCCUAUUUCUGGAGUUUUGAUUCAGUACGCCGGUUGGCGAAGUGUAUUUUAUUUCUUCGGCGCAGCGGCUAUCUCCUGGUCGUCUAUAUUUUUUUUGUGCAGCUACGACACACCAAUUUUGUUGCUCCAAUCAACCCGUCAAGUCUGCUGCAUUAAGAUAACCGAUACAGAGAAAAGGUUCAUUGAAGGUAAUCUCUUCAAGUCAACAGAAGAUAUAUCUGUAAAGGGAAAUAUUAAAACUCCUUGGAUUAGUAUUCUUACUUCUGUGCCAUUCUGGGCACUGGCGAUAGCUCACUGCGGACAAAACUGGGGAUUUUGGAUGUUGUUGACAGAGCUACCAACUUAUAUGGCCAAUGUACUAAAGUUUGACUUUAAAGAGAAUGGACUGAUAUCAGCAUUACCUUAUCUGGCUAUGCUACUGCUGACGGUCCCAGUGAGCUGGUUGAGCGACUGGAGUCAAAAAAAAGGAGUUUCACGGGGACGAGCAAGAAAAAUAAGCAACACAGUUGGUCACUGGGGUCCUGGGCUGGCUCUCCUGGCUCUUGCAUUUGUUCCAGAAGGUUACACUACUUUGCCAGUAAUUAUAUUAAUUUUUGCGGUAGGUCUCAACGUUGGUACACUUUGUGGAUUCCAACUUAAUCACAUUGAUUUAAGCCCAAACUUUGCCGGGGUUCUCAUGUCCAUCACAAAUUGUCUAGCUUCGGUGGUUGCUAUUCUUGCUCCUAUUAUUGUCAGUUUCAUCGUUAAAAAUGAGAGUAAUAUAGAGCAAUGGCACACAGUAUUUUAUAUAUCAGCAGCGAUCUACUUUUUGGGUAAUUUAAUAUUUAUAAUAUUCGGUAAAGGCGAAAUUCAAAAAUGGGAUGAUCCUAAUUUUCAGACAUUAAUAGGAUGCCGACAUAUCCAGAUAUUACUGUUGACACUGGGAUUCUUCUGUUGUUACGCUGUAAGAGUCGCGCUGUCAAUUUCGCUGGUGGCAAUGGUCAAACCGAAUACCUCGGAUCCUGACAUCGAGGUGUUUGACUGGAGCGAGAGUGUCCAGAACACGAUUUUGAGCUCAUUCUUUUGGGGAUACGUGAUAACACACAUACCUGGUGGAGAACUCGCUCAAAGAUUUGGAGCACAGAGAUUUCUGUGCUUUGCUGUUGGAAUUUGCGGCGUUGUUACGAUAUUAAUUCCGACUGCGGCGACUUACGGAGGCUGGCAGGCUGUUAUUGUCUUGAGAGUCCUGACUGGGGCGUGUCAAGGUGUUAUUCCACCGGCAAUGCAUACUAUUUUGUCUAAGUGGGUGCCUGUUGAUGAGAGAGGAAGAGCCGGAAGCUGCACGUAUUCGGGUGGAUGGUUGGGGAACGUGAUUGCAUUACUAAGUUGUGGCGUCAUCUCUGGUUCAUCAAUCGGCUGGCCCGGUAGUUUUUACAUAUGGGGCGGUAUUGCCACUCUUUGGUCCAUAAUUUACUACUUUAUGGGGAAAGAAUCUCCAGGAGAUCAUCGUGGUAUUCCAUUAGACGAAAAAGAAUACAUUGAAAUCAGCCUUGGAGUAACAGAGAUAACUGAACCGUUAAAGACACCUUGGACUGCCAUUUUAACGUCGAUACCCGUUUGGGCUCUUUUAAUUGCCCAGUGCUCUCAAGCUUGGGGCUUUUGGAUGCUCUUGACAAAGACACCGGCUUAUAUGAGCAGUGCAAUGGGCUACAAUAUACAAGAGAAUGGCGUGGUAUCAGCUCUGCCGUAUUUAGCGGCAUGGCUACUUGGUUUUCCAAUUAGUUUUACGGCAGAUAGGUUGGUUAAGCGCGGCUACACGUCAUUACAAUCAAUGAGAAAAAUAGCAAACACUGUCGGAGAAUGUAUACCCGCAGCAGCGCUCAUCGGACUGAGUUUUAUUAACAGCGAGCAUCGGAAUGUCGCCGUCGUUGUUCUUAUAGUGUCGGUGGCUUUUAAUGUUGCGGUAUUCAGCGGUCAUCAAAUGAAUCACAUGGAUCUGAGUCCUAAUUUUGCCGGUACUCUUAUGGGUAUUACUAAUGCUUCAGCCAAUAUAUGUGGUAUUAUGGCGCCACUAAUUUAUGGAGUUAUAGUUUCUGAUCCAACUGACAUUACUCAAUGGAGAAAAGUUUACAUACUUUCCGCGGGUAUUUAUAUAGCUGGUAAUUUUGCAUUUGUAUUUUUUGGCAAAGCGACAGUACAGUCUUGGAAUGAUGGAACGCAACAUACGCUUGGAAAUUCAACUGCACGUGAAAGUUAUAAAAUUCAAGAAGAACCGAUGCCUCAAGUACCUCAGUCAUUUUUCACGUCAUCACCAGGAUUUACCGAACAAAGAGCUUUAAAUAUGAUUAAAGUUCCAAUUACACUUGUAAAUAAUGUAAUGUAA